AUGAAUAAGGAAGAAGCAUUCUUUCGUUCGGCGGAUAUGACGUACAUCGAACUAUAUAUCCCAUUAGAAAUUGCUAGAGAAGUUGUGUGUGUUCUUGGUAAUUUGGGUUGCGUUAUGCUGAAAGAUAUGAAUAAGGAUUUGAACGCGUUUCAGCGAGGUUAUGUAACCCAAAUUCGGAAGUUUGAUGAGGUAGAACGAAUGUUGAAAUAUAUGGAGACUGUGGUUGAGAAGCAUAAACAAGAUACAUGGACGUAUACAUAUCGAUAUUUGGAACGUCACGGGCGAGAUGAUAGGGAGCAUUCUACUUUGGAACAGUUAAUUGGAGCAAUGAAUACGCAUUCGAUUGAUUCUGUUAAUGAGGUGAGCGAGGAGAUCAGCCAAUUUGAGGCUAGAAUAAGGCAAUUAGAUGAUUCGUUGGUGCAAUUGAAAGAACGGCUGGAUAGCUUGCUACUACAAAGAAGGGUAAUGUUUGAAUUUAAUAGGUUUCUGCAAGUUCAUCCGGAUAUGAGCGGCAGGAUACCGAAUCAAGAUGGAAGAUCUUUAAGUGAAGGUUAUGAAUUGAACGACAUUGGAGCGGAGGAAGCAUGGGAUCACCUCCUAUUUGAGACUAAUGAAGCAGAGGCUCAGAUGCCUCGAGAGCCACAGAUGCUUCUUGACACUUACAAGCCUCGGUUUAUAGUCACUGGGUCAAUAAACCGAAAUAAGGUUGAAACUUUGAAUAAAAUCCUAUGGCGGUUACUUCGUGGGAACCUAAUCUUUCAGCAUUUACCAAUCGAUGAUUCACUGGACAACCAAGCGGAUCCUAAAAUAGAUGUUGAUUGUUUUAUUGUUUUUGCACAUGGUGAAGUGUUAAUUUCGAAAAUCAAACGCGUUAUUGAAUCUUUGAAUGGCUCUAUUUACCCAAUAGUACCGUCGCAGUCUUUUAAUGAAAUAAAUGAUAAAAUAUCUGAUUUAAAACAAAUCUGUUCAACUACUGAACAAACUUUGCACACUGAACUGUUCCUGGUAUCCAAUGAAUUGCAAAUGUGGAAUGCAAUAAUUAAAAGGGAAAAAUCUAUAUAUGCCACAUUAAACCUUUUCAGACAAGAGUCACAAGGGUUAGUAGCAGAAGGUUGGGUACCAAGCAUGGAACUAAUAGAGGUUCAAAACUCCUUGAGGGAAUAUGGUGAAAGUGUUGGUUCAGCUAAUACAGCUGUGCUUAACGUUAUAUAUACUAGUAGGGCUCCUCCUACAUAUCACAGAACUAAUAAAUUUACUGAGGCAUUCCAGUCUAUUGUCGAUGCAUAUGGGGUUGCUACCUAUAAAGAGGUAAACCCUGGAUUGGCAACGAUCGUUACCUUCCCAUUCAUGUUUGCAAUAAUGUUUGGAGACAUUGGGCAUGGGUUUAUUAUGCUACUCGCAGCAUUAUACUUGGUUUUAAACGAAAACAAUUUGAGUGCUAUGCGUAGAGGGGAGAUAUUUGAUAUGGUAUUCUCUGGAAGAUAUGUCAUUUUGUUAAUGAGUUUAUUCUCCAUCUACACAGGUCUCAUGUACAAUGACAUCUUUUCGAAAUCCAUAAAUUUGUUUCAUACUGGAUGGAGAUGGCCUACAGGUUUUGAAGAAGGCGAACCUAUUGAAGCCACAUAUGUUGGUACGUACCCAUUUGGAAUAGAUUAUAUAUGGCAUGGUGCGGAAAAUGGCCUUCUAUUUACAAACUCCUACAAGAUGAAAUUGUCAAUAUUAAUGGGUUAUAUCCAUAUGUCAUACUCAUAUAUUUUUUCGUAUGUCAACUACCGUUACAAAAAUUCUAGAGUUGAUAUAAUUGGUAACUUUAUUCCUGGAUUGAUAUUUAUGCAGUCGAUUUUCGGUUACUUGUCAUGGGCAAUUAUUUAUAAGUGGACAAAAGAUUGGAUCAAAGACGGAAAGCCAGCGCCUGGUCUUUUGAAUAUGUUAAUUAAUAUGUUUCUAUCUCCUGGCGUUGCUGAUGAAAAGCUCUAUGUCGGCCAGAGUUUUCUACAGGUAAUCUUGUUACUAGUGGCUUUGGUUUGUGUUCCUUGGUUAUUACUUUAUAAGCCAUUGAUGCUGAAACGUCAAAACGAUUUAUCAAUGCAAAAGGGAUUUCAAAGUUUUGAGGACCAAAGGGUCCACGAGAUCCUACUGGAAGCUCAGGAAAACGCAGGAGAUGAAAUGAUUGUUUCUGAUUACCACCAUGAGGAAAGUCCGAUAGAUGAUUUCAAUUUUGGAGAUGUAAUGAUACAUCAAACCAUACAUACCAUAGAGUUCUGUUUAAACUGCAUCUCUCAUACAGCUUCAUAUUUGAGAUUAUGGGCUUUAUCAUUAGCACAUGCCCAGUUAUCCAGUGUUCUAUGGUCUAUGACAAUUGCCGGCGCUUUUACUUCUGAUAAUUCCGGAUCAAUAUUUGCCGUCAUUAAAGUGGUUGUUCUAUUCGCCAUGUGGUUCGUUUUGACUGUAUGUAUAUUGGUGCUGAUGGAAGGUACAUCAGCUAUGUUGCACUCAUUACGGUUGCAUUGGGUGGAAGCCAUGUCAAAAUUUUUUGAGGGAGAAGGCUAUCCUUAUGAGCCUUUUUCAUUUAAAGUUAUCGAUAGUAAUAUUGAAUAA